UAUGUGCGUAAAUUAAUCAAGACAGUUGUGCAAUGUGACAUUUUCGUUAUGGUUAUGUAAAAUAUUUGAUCAAAUUUGAAAGCGCUAUUUCUGUGUUUGAGGAAAUAAAUGGAAUUGAUAUAUUAGAAAUAAAUAGUUGCACCGAUAAAAUAGUUUCUAAAAUCAAAAUGAAAACUGACAAAAUAACUCGUUUGUCAUGCGAAUUUGAAAAGUGCCAGAAACUUGUGUAUGCCUUGGUUUGUUUACCGGCGAUGUUUUCAGGAAUGCAGAUGUUCUCUACCGUGUUCACAUUAUUCAUACCCAAACACAGAUGCAGCAUUCCGGAAAUUGAUAACGAUACCUACAAAGUUCAAGGACAUUGGCACGAGAUAAUCACCAACAGAUCAAUUCCAUUGGUCAAAGGUGAUGAUGACAUGUUCGAUUAUGCAGAGUGUGAAAUGUUUGAGACAAACCAAAAUACAACGUACAAUUCCCUGAACAGGCCCAUAAAUACAAGCACAAUAAAAUGUAACAAAUGGGUUUACGAUAACUUUGCCUUUGAUGAAACCUUCAUAACAAAGGAAAAUUUAGUGUGUGAGCGGGAGAUUGCUAGAGCUAACGCUAACAUGAUAUACAUGAGUGGAGUUCUGACUGGUGCCAUAGCAACAGGAAUAUUUUCAGACAUGGGCGCCAUAACGAUGCAAAAAAAGAUUAUUCAGAAGUGGACAACAUCAAAUGAGAAUUUACCUGAGAAUAAUUCGAGAAAAGAUGCACAGGAUACUAUGGGAACAGAAAGUGUACUUAAAAUGCUUACCAUACCGACGUUGUUGAUACGAACUCUCAUUAUGCACCUCAACUGGUGUGUUGUCACAAUGGUAAACUUUGGCCUUACCUUGAAUAUCGGCAACUUGAAAGGUGAUGUAUACGUAAACUUCGCAAUUACCAGUAGUAUGGAGCUAAUUGCUUACACCGUGUGCUUUUUUACACUCAACAAAUUAGGGCGGAAAGUUCUCCACGCUAGCACAAUGAUUCUUUGUGGUGUCGCUUGUCUUUCGACCAUUUUCACAAUGUGGUACGCUGAUAAAUCUCUGUAUUGGAUCACGGUGGUUUUGACGAACAUUGGAAAGCUAGGGGUUGCAGCAGCACAUGGUAUUAUCUAUUUAUGGUGCGCAGAAGAACUGUUUCCGACCAAAGUUCGUAACUCGGGGAUGGGAUCCAGCACAAUGAUUGCAUUCGUUGGUAGUAUGGUUUCUCCCUAUAUUGCUGAUUUGGAAAAGUAUAUACAUGGACGUUUUGGUAAGGUGUUGCCGCCGAUCGUACUUGGUAGCCUUUCUGUCCUAGCCGGUCUGUUGUCACUGGUUCUACCAGAGACUAAUGGAAGAAUACUACCGGAAACUGUACUCGACGCUGUCAAAUUCGGAAAAGACGAUCUGGGCAGCAAAGACACUCCUUCUACUGUAUAUUACAUAAAUGAUGCUUUCAACAAGGACAAGGAUACAUCUGAAGAAAAUAAAACUGGACAAUAGUCAUUUAACCAAUGUACUAUAACAAA